AUGAAGAAAAAAUUAUUAGCAUCAAUUGGAACUGUUUCCAAUAUUAUAUCAUUUAUUUUAACUAUAGUAGCAUUAUUUUUACCAUGGUAUAGUAUUUCAAUUCAGGGUACAAUGGAUCAAUAUUAUGAUACUUCAGUAAAGUUUGGUUUAAAUUCAAUCUCUUGUACAUAUUUAAAUAAUGAUUCAAUUCCAGUUACAGCUCAUAAAACUUUUAAUAAUUUUAAUAGAGGUUCAGAAUGUUAUCCAAUUAUUCCACCAUCAACUUCAUUAUUUGGAUUGGGUAUUGGAAUGAUGAUUUCAAUAUUGUUUUUCUGUUUUAGCCUCCUCCCAGCUCUUGCAGCUAUUGUUCUACAAACUACAAUGGUAUUUUCACCAAGAUUUAGAGUUGUUUGGGUGAAAAUCGCAGUAUUUGUACUUGCAUUGGUUACAUUUUUAUUCAUGAUAUUAGGUUUCAUCUUUUCUUCUACCGUUCAUACCGGACUUCAAUCAUAUAGUCCAGACGAUCAACAUUCAACUUCAUCAGAUGAGAUAACAUCUAAACUAUGUGACGAAUUAUGGUGUAUUUCAUUCCAAGGUUCAUCAAAUUAUUCACCUCUUAUAGAAAACUGUUAUUCAAAAUGGGGUCCAGCAAGUGGUUUUAAAGUUACAAUUUCUGCAUGUGUUUUCACCCUUGUUUCAAGUAUUGUUACAUUAUCCAACUCUUUACCAAAAGAAUUUAAAAGACAAAGAGAAUAUACUAAAAUAUAA